AUGAGUUCUUUGAAGGCUAUUGAUAAGAGAAUUGCUAAACGUAGACAAGUGUACAAAGCUGUGUUGUCUAAUCCGUUCGUGAAUGAGGAACAGAUAUGGCCACAUGUCAAGAAUCAACAGUUGGUUCAAGAAUUGUUACAAAAACAUGUGUUGAACAAAGUACAGCAUUUGCAACAGAUGAAGGUGGCCAAGGAAGAAUGGCCAUUCGAUUUGAUUACAGAUUUCAACAAAAUAUACGCAUAUUUAGAACAAAAUGAACCAGAACAAGCAAAAGAGGCUUUAUUGUUUGUCUGUAAUAAAGAUCAAGAUGUGCCUCUUGUUAUGUUACAACAAAUCCCAUUGAUGUCAUAUAUAUCCAGCACCCAAACCACACUGGUGCAAUUACCGAAGGGAUCUCUGGGAAAUAUCCAAAAAUUUAUAGACUUGCCCUAUGGAAUCUUAUUAUUACCUGCAGAGCAUUUGGACCCUGUCUUCUUGCAACAGAUUCAUGAACAAGUAGCAAAACAGAUUGUUCCUUGGUUAGCUCCAUUGAAAUAUAAAUCGACAGACGUUAAAUUAGCCAAAUCAUCGGCUCCCUUAAAAUAA